AUGAAAGCUGAAUUUAUACUUUUUUUUGUAUUAUUAAUUAUUACAAUCUACAUAGUUUCUACAGAAGCUGAUAAAUCUUUAGAAACAAUUGUUAUUAGUCCUAAUAAGACAUUAUUUAUCAAAUCAACAGAUGGAGAUGAUAAUAAAUAUUUAAUAUAUAAUUUUUUACUUUUAGAAAAUGUUCUAAAUAAUCCUGAUACGAAUAAAAUAGAAAUUUCACCUAAAUUGGAUUUUUCAAAUUCUACAAAUAAUACUUCGACUGAUAAAACAGAUUCAUCGAAAAAACAAGAAGAAGAAAUUGUACCAGCAAUUGUUAAUGUUACAAAUAUUCCAAAUAAUCAACCAUUAAUUUCAACAGCUGAUGGAACAACAAAUAAUUUAACAAAUGAUUCUAACUUUACCCAAGAACCUAUUAGUUCAAACGAAAAGCUUUCAGAUAAUGAAAAUAAUAAUAAUUUAAGUGAAGAAGUAGAUUCUAAAUCUACAAUGAUUAAUUUAUCAAAAAGUAUAACUAAUGAAAUGGAGAAUAAGGAUAAUGAUGAUGCAAAAAAAGCAGAAGAAAAAAUUCCUGAUUCUACAAAUGAAGCAUCUAUAAGUGACAAAAAAGAUGAAGAUUCGAGUAAUGAUACUAAUAAUUCAAAUGAAGAAGUAGAUUCUAAAUCUACAAUAAUUGAUUCACCAACAAGUGUAACUAAUGAAAUAAAGAAUAAGGAUGAUGAUGAUGCAAAAAAAGCAGAAGAAACAAUUCCUGAUUCUACAAAUGAUACAUCUAAAAGUGAAAAAAAAGACGAAGAAUCGAAUAAUGAUACUAAUAAUUCAAAUAAAGAAGUAGAUUCUAAUUCUACAAUAAUUGAUUCACUAAAAAGUGUAACUAAUGAAAUGGAGAAAAAGGAUGAUGAUGAUGCAAAAAAAGCAGAAGAAACAAUUCCUGAUUCUACAAAUGAUACAUCUAAAAGUGAAAAAAAAGACGAAGAAUCGAAUAAUGAUACUAAUAAUUCAAAUAAAGAAGUAGAUUCUAAUUCUACAGUAAUUGAUUCACCAAAAAGUGUAACUAAUGAAAUAGAGAAUAAGGAUAAUGAUGAUGCAAAAAAAGCAGAAGAAACAAUUCCUGAUUCUACAAAUGAUACAUCUAAAAGUGAAAAAAAAGACGAAGAUUCGAGUAGUGAAACUAAUAAUUCAAAUAAAGAAGAAGAUUCUAAAUCUACAAUAAUUGAUUCACCAAAAAGCGUAACUAAUGAAAUGGAGAGUAAGGAUAAUGAUGAUGCAAAAAAGGCAGAAAAAACAAUUCCUGAUUCCACAAAUGAUACAUCUAAAAGUGAAAAAACAGACGAAGAUUCGAAUAAUGAUACUAAGGAUUCAAAUGAAGAAGUAGAUUUUAAUUCUGCAACAUUAGAAACAAUUAUCACGACAACAAAAGAUUCAAGUGAUUUAUUGAAGGAUGUAACAUCAACAAAUUCGCCGUAUGCAUCUACUGAUAUUAUGAAUAACAUAUUCAAUAAUACUUUAGAAUUAACUACAACCACAGUUCAAUCACCAUUAAGUGAUAAUGACAAUAGAAAUGAUGAAAAUAAAUUAAGAACAAUUAUAACUCCUAUUGAAUUACAUAAAAAAAUAUCAAAUGAAAGUGAAGUAGACUUGACAGAAUUAGAUAAAGAAAUUGAAAAUGAUGUUUUAAAAAAAAAUUUAACAACAGAAGAACCUGAUAUUCCUACACCUCAUCCAUCAUAUUUAUGUCAUGAUUUAAUUGUUGGAUGUGAAUUUUAUAAAGUAUUCUGUACAGAUAAGAAUAUUGGCACUCAUAUUAGUAAUUUAUGUCCAUAUACUUGUAAUAAAUGUGUGAAACCACGUACUUCAGUUUGCCAUGAUACUUUUAAUAAUUGUAUUCUAGCUAAACAUCUUGGUUAUUGUAAUUCAACUUUAAUUCUAGAAAGUCAUCGUAAACAAUAUUGUUCUAAGACUUGUGACUUAUGUGAUUAA